UUUACAGCAGGGUCUCCUCGCGUGAGCUCCGGCCCAGCGUACACCAGAGUUCCGAGACAAGUUCUGGUGGACAUAAGCUGGCUGACGUUCCCUCUGUCGGGUGACCACAGUUUCGUGGGUGACAGCGGCUUCCCGCCCGGCCAGUCCAGCUACAUCCCGAGUCCUGCCACCAAGAAGUACGACCUGAUCGGAGAGGAGGGGGCCGUGGUGGUGCCAGGAAGGGAACAGGACGGGAAACAAUCCGAAAAUCCACAAGUGCGGGAGGUUUUAAAGGACAACCCGGUGAUUGUGGAGGUUCCCUAUGGGGGGAUCAUGGAGGAAGCCACAGUAACACUGUCCCCCUACAUCCCCGCCACAGCCCCAGGUGGGGUUGGGGAUGGGCAGCCCGCCAAACUCAGGGUCUUCAGUGACAUCCUAGCUACAUAUGGCUACAUCAGGGACAACCCUGAGAAGGCCCUGCUGUACUUCAUCCUGGGGAUCUGCUCGGGGAUCCUCCUGCUUCUGUUCGGCCUCAUCUUCAAGCUGACGUGCUUCAGCGGCCAGGACCGGGCCCAGAAGGAGUCCUCGCAGGAGUUCAGCUCACAGGAGGAGGAGAAUUCCGAGGAGCCGGAGCUCGAGCACGACCACAGAACUGAGAGGAGACCGGAGGCCAUCGAGGUCGUGCGGUGGAACGGGCGCGAUUACACGAGACACAAUCACACGCUCAACCACUCGCAUCCGGGCAUGCACCACGAGUUGGACGAGCCACCAGGAACGCGGAGUUUAAACCGGUACUACCCGUAACGUCGCGCCGACGGCUCUACGUGUACGCUCGCGUUUCUUAGCUUGAUGUCAACGGAUCUUGCAGUCUUUGUUAUAUAGCAAGGGUAACAAACAAUCAUUGGUGCAAAAUGCUGAACGCCGUGACCUACAACUGUGAGUUGACAAAACGCCCCUAUUCUGGCAAUGGAACAGGCCAGAGCAGACUGCAUGACAUGCCGCCAUGGACCUUUCCACACCUCUGGAGGGGUGGGUAGGGUAGAUGUGGUGCAUCAUUCAAUGUGUUUAUAGUGCAAUGUAAAUAAAUGCCCAAAUGUGUACCAUAUUUAUUGUGAAAUGCACAUCAGAAUUAAAUGUUCUUACAGAUGACCUGAGCAUGUUACAAGGACCCAAAGCCAAGUUCUGGGUUGUCUCAUGGCCUGUUAUAUGCCAUAAACUGACUGGAUGGUUGGUGCCAGUGUCCAGGAAAAACCGACAAAGUCCCCAGGCAAAUGACAAAGUGAGAAAAUUAGGAGAAAAAAGAAAAUUAUGUUCAAUUGUGCCAUAUUGCAGUCAAGUAUGUUGCAACCGUCAAAAAAGCAAGUUGCUGUUGCAAAUAAAAGAAGAUGUUUCUACAGCUCCAUCUAGUGAAUGCCAAGAGAACUGCAGGGCCAAGAGAUGCAGACGUUACAGACGGAGUCAACACAAACAGGCAUCCGACCAAGUUCCCAACACUGUUGGUGUGUUUCGUCAACUUGUUCAUUGUGUGUGUCUUGGGGACAGCAGCAGCCUACAUGACUAGUCACACAGAAACAUGGCAGCCAAAACAACUGAGGAACUACAUAACAAAGACUGGACAAGAUAGAAAACUGUAUUAUUAUAUGACUUAUUGCAAAAUGCAGAGUUGUGACCAAAGACAAGACUAAGCUCUGUGAUAACCUCUUGACUGGGCAGUUUGUCGGUGUGGUUGACAGUUACGUCAGAAGAUCAUGUUUUAAAGCAAACUUACCGAAGAAUUAAAAGUAAAGUUUGAAAUUAAAAUUAAUCUGGCCUAGAAAGAUGGGUCAAUUUCUGGCUACCGUAUUACUUGUAGUACCAGUUUAAAUUUUGUUUGUACAGUAUGCUGCAUCCUUUUCAAGCAUACAUGAUACCAAAGUGAUAUCUAUGACAUUCUGAUGGACACCUGUCAACAACGCUUGCAGAACUGCUGAACCUGGUAGGCUGAUGCCCUACUCUGUGCCAAUACAUAUCUGUGAUGUACAUGUGCUGUAUCUGUGCAGUGUUCCUAAUGUUUGUAGAGUAUAUUAUCGUCCAUUCGUCUGGCCAAAACAACAAACACAACUAUAAACUGAACACAAUUGUCAAAACAAAGAAGGCCACAAAAAGUAUAGUUCGAAAAAUGUUAUUGACUCAUUCAUACAAUUCAGCCUUCUGCUACAAUGCUUUUUUUUCUACUCCAUGAACCAUAAGCACAACCCCAAUUGGCUUGAAAUGGUGAUUUGAAUUCUCUACAAAUACAUGUAUUUGGAAUAACUUCAGACGAGAAAGUUUACCCAAAGUAUACCCAAACUUCCAGGUAUGGUAGAAGAAAUCUUUGAAAAUCAUGACAAAAGUGUAAAUUGGUCUUCCAUGACAAGUGAUCUAUUUUCUUGUAUUUAUUUGACUUACGGGGAAGGUUCCCAGUGUAUGUAAAUUAACAUACAUGUUCUACAGACCACCAUAAACUGUGGGGCAUGUACUUAUUAUUAUUGUAACAUUAAUACGAUGUUGUAUAAAAGACUCAAGUUCUUGCAGUCCUUGUGACAAAAAUUAUAGUGAAAAGAUAAAAAUGAUACCUAUGAAUGUUGUAAAGUGAAAGUAUAUUAUGUAUGAUGUUACUGCAAGAGUUUUUUAUUCACCCAAGGAAAGCAAAGUUUUAUAAUGUCUGCUCCUGUCUGUACUAUUUGUAGAUUUUCUAACAUGUUAGUGAAAAGUUUUUAGUGUUAACAGAUUUGAUGUUGUGAUGACUCUAUGCCACAGUGGAUACAGGGAAAGAACAUGUCAAAAAGUUGUACUUCAUAUCAGCAAGGAGGCUUCAGUAAGCUAUUGAAACCUCCUUGAUAUCAGUAAAACAUGUGUAAGUUACUGGCAAUCGUUGGUGUCAACUGUAGCUUUUGAUGACAUAAGAAAGAUGUACAUGUAGCAAUUUGUCUCCAUUUGCUUUACAAGAAAUGCUCUACAUUUGUUAGAUUGGAAGCAACUUUACGUCACUUAAUGUAGGAGUAUAUGAGAGAAGGGACCAUGAACAAUGACAUUGUGAUGAUAGACAGUGCUGUACCUUUUUUCUUCCCACUUUAUUAGCCAUUGCUAACACGUCCACAAUAAGUUGAGUGGUGUAUGUACACGUAGAGUUUCUCUUCCAGCUGAAAACAUAGCCAGUUUUUGACACAGCCCCCUCUCUGACAUUCAGCGUAAAAUUUUUAACUUUGUGCAUCAAUUAAUUUCUUGUACUGUACACUACCAUUUGUCAUAAAGAGGUUGGAAGCCAGAUACAUACACUGUAGCCACUACAUGUAGUUAGCCGUAAAGCAGUACCAGUUAUAAUAUAUACCCAACAUUCUCCUUUGCACAACAGACUCAACAACUGCCUCAAGACUACAGUACUAGACUAUACCUCAUCAUUUCAUCCUUCUUUUAUAUUAUUGACAAAAGUUGUCAACUUGUCCGUAUAAAAUUUAUUUCUGUCCUACCAUGGAGCUAUAGUUCAUCCUUGAGUAGCAACAAAACUGAUAAAUUCUUGUUUCUGAUCUGUUACUGCCCCCUGGUACAGCUCAACAGUACUGCACUUGCCAUGAUACAGCUGCUGAACCAGUAUUACACACAGUUUUCAGUUAAAAUUUUCCUAGCAUAAUUUUGUCAAUAAAACAUCAGAGACCAAAACAACACAACUUGGAAACUACAUUAUCAAGAGCUAUUCAUUCGCCAACAACAACUACAGUAAAUGUACUAUCGGUAUAGCAUUG